UUUCCAAGCAAGAGGAGCCCGUCAGCAAGAGACGCAUCGGGUGAAAUCGGAGCCACCCCCCCCACCCCCUCUCCUUUCUCUCCAUCUCCACCGCACCCCCCUCCAGUUUGCCUGGCUCGGGUUGAUAUACAGUAGCCUGCAUGGGGAUAUAGGGGCUGGAGAAACCUUGUUGCGCCCCUAUAACUGUCUGUGUUCUACUUCAACUGGGAGGACUGUUUGCGCACGUCUCCAUCCAUGUCUCACCAAUGCUGCCCCGUGUCUCCAGAGGGAGCCGCAUUCAUUACCACUUCAGCUUUGGGUUACUAAAUGGUUUUCUGGGGGAGGAUUUCUAACCGGCGAGAUGCUGCUCGUACUCCUGCUGGCAGCCUUUUCUUCUUCCAUCUCCGGCUCCCUCUCCUCCUCCCUCUCCUCCCCCUCCAUGUCGGACGGACCCCAGAUGGCAGACCCGUCCGCCUCGGACUUGAUGGCCGAGACCUGCAGCGCCUGCUCCUGCAUGUCGGUGGAAAACGUGCUAUACGUCAACUGCGAGAAGAUCACUGUCUAUCGACCCACGCAGCUCAUUCCGCCGGCCUCGUCCUUAUACCACCUGAACUUUCAGAACAACUUCUUAAUCAUACUCUACCCAAACUCAUUCCUCAACUUCACCCAUGCUGUGUCAUUGCAGCUAGGGAACAAUAAACUGCAGAACAUCGAAGGUGGAGCGUUCCUGGGGAUGAGCGCGUUAAAACAGCUGCACCUGAACAAUAAUGAAUUAAAGGUGCUGCGAGCAGACACUUUCCAAGGGAUAGAGAACUUGGAAUAUCUUCAGGCUGACUACAACUUGAUAAAAUACAUUGAAAAGGGAGCAUUUAACAAACUGCACAGGCUUAAAGUGCUCAUCCUGAAUGAUAAUCUCAUACAGGCACUUCCUGACAACAUAUUUCGCUUUGCCUCGCUCACACACCUGGAUAUAAGGGGAAACAGGAUCCAGAAGCUUCCUUAUUUGGGGGUUCUAGAGCAUAUUGGGCGCAUUGUAGAGCUUCAACUGGAUGAUAAUCCCUGGAAUUGUACCUGUGACUUAGCACCUCUCAAGGCAUGGCUUGAAAACAUGCCCUAUAACAUUUUUAUCGGUGAGGCCAUAUGUGAAACACCAAGCGACUUGUAUGGGAGACUCCUGAAAGAAACCAACAAACAGGAGCUUUGUCCUAUGGGAACAGGAAGUGACUUUGACGUUAGGAUGCCACCUGUACAGCCUGAUAAUGGGCAGUCUCCCUCAAAAAUGUCCCCAACCACUGUGGUUCCCAUAGCCACAAAAGCGCCAAAAACCACUGACUCAUCUAAGAUUUACGGUAAUGGUAUUGUGGCUGGUUUACCCCCUUUUGGAAGAAAUAGCCAGAUUGUUUCAUUUCAGACACGGACUCCUCCAUUGUUGUGUCCACAGCCCUGCAGCUGUAAAGCCCACCCCUCUGACUUUGGCAUCAGUGUCAGCUGUCAAGAGAGGAAUAUUAAAAACUUAGCUGAUCUCAUUCCCAAACCCCCAAAUGCCAAGAAACUUCACCUGAGUGGGAAUUACAUCCGUGACAUAAGCCCAGCUGAUUUCCAAGGGUUUGAGGGUUUAGAUUUGCUACAUCUUGGCAGCAAUCAAAUUGUCACAGUCCAGAAAGGCGUGUUUGCUAACCUCACUAACCUGAGGAGACUGUACUUGAAUGGAAACCAGCUUGAACAGUUACACCCAGAGAUGUUUUUGGGCCUAUCAAACCUACAGUACCUAUAUUUGGAAUACAAUGCCAUAAAAGAAAUCUUAGCAGGCACAUUUGACUCCAUGCCGAACCUACAACUCCUGUAUCUCAACAACAACGUACUGCGGAGUCUCCCCGCCUACGUGUUUGCGGGUGUCUCUUUAGCCAGACUGAAUCUAAAAAACAACCACUUCAUGACCCUGCCAGUGAGUGGUGUCUUGGACCAGCUGCGAUCAUUGACCCAGAUAGACCUGGAAGGGAACCCGUGGGAGUGUUCCUGCGAUCUUGUCGCCCUCAAACUCUGGCUAGAGAAGCUAAGUGAUGGAGUGGCUGCCAAAGAGGUGAAAUGUGCCUCCCCUGUACAGUUCUCCAACAUAGAGCUGCGCCUCUUGAAAAAUGAGAUCCUGUGUCCUAAACUUGUUGCAAGACCACCGUUUAUCCUCAUUAGCACCACCCCUGUUUUGACCUCAGUGUCGCCUGCCGGAGUUGGCAAAGCACCACCAGGAGGGCCUGUGCCUCUCUCCAUUAUGAUCCUCAGCAUUCUCGUAGUUCUUAUCCUUACUGUGUUUGUGGCCUUCUGCCUUCUAGUCUUUGUCCUGAGGCGGAAUAAAAAACCAGUGGGCAGGCAGGAGGGGCUUGGAAAUCAGGAGUGUGGCUCCAUGUCAUUGCAGCUCCGCCGACACAGCCACAAAUCUGGCAAAAAAGGCUCCAUCCCGGGAGACGACUUGGGAGGUGAGACGUUCAUCCCCCAGACCAUCGAGCAUAUUGGAAAGAGCCACACCUGUGGGAUCGGACGCUCCUCAGACAUCGAUGCUGGGUUCAAGUUUGCAGACUCGCAGAGGCAGAAGAUCAUCCUCCGGAACAGUGCCGACAAGGAUAAAGACUCGCUUUCCACCCUGGAGCGCAACAAACGCCUCAGCACCAUCGAUGAACUCGAGGAGUUCCUCCCCCACCGAGAGCCCAGCAUGUUCAUCCAGAAUUUCCUGGACAGCAAAAGAGAUUUCAACAGUAUAGGGAUGGGCGGAUACGAAAUCCGCUACCCGGAGAAAACGCUGGAUAAAAAGAUGAAGAAGUCAUCGCUGAUAGGCGGGAACCACAGUAAGAUCGUGGUGGAGCAGAGAAAAAGUGAGUAUUACGAGCUGAAAGCCAAGCUCCAAGGAACGCCUGAUUACCUGCAGGUGCUCGAGGAGCAGACUGCACUGAGUAAAAUGUAGGGAUUGUUGUGUUUGAUUUAGUGCAUUGAUUAGACACACGUACACAAGGAAGUCAGACACACAUAUAGGCAGACAGACGGCCAAACACAUCUGCCUUUCUCUGGUUCUUUCUGGCCACACACACACACACACACCAUUCAAGCCCCCAGAUCUCUCGCUUUCUGUCUUCAUCACCCUCUCUGCAGCCACACAUGCGCGCACACACACACACACACACACACACACACACACACACACACACUCCCACACACAGCAAAAAAGUGCCUUCUGGAAAUCCUUAAUGACCAAUGCAGAGAUGGACAAAAUGGCUCCACAUUACAAAAGCUAUUACUAGAAUCAGCGUGGAUCUGUUUCACAGUAAAAGACUUUUUGGAUUAUCCAUGCCACUACAUGUAUGAAUCCCACAUACAUACCACAGGACACCCUAAAAAGCAACCAGACAGUCAUAGUAUUUUUGCUGCUAUUGAAAUGGGUACUUAUCUUCUUAUUUUUGUUGUUCUUGUUGUUCUUUUUCUUCUCCUUUUGUUUCUCCAACCAAAUCAAAGGGUCUUGAAAACAGUGCUUGAGAAUAUACCUCGCUGACUUCAACCCUCGUUUUAAAAAAAAAGAGAAAAAAAGAAAAAGGAGGGCAUGUUGGUUGUUGUUCUUUUGCUCUGGAAAGUAUCCAAAAUCACUACUUCUGGGAUGAGAUUAACAGAACUGGGGACUCAAUGGAUACUACUUUGCUUUUUUUUUAUUUGCGGGGAUAUCUGUUUGUUCUUGGGGAUGCUCUCUGGAGUCGGCUGCAGACUCUCUGCCAUCUUGUCUGGAUUACACCAGUAGCAGUACACCUGCUCUUUACCGAGAGGCUAAACGGCUCCUGUUUUCCUUACGUGGGAAUUGGAGGCACUGCAAAACUCUUUUGGGGAAUGAUUUUGUGACUUGUUCUCUUUGUGUAAAGAGCCAUGUUAAAUAUAGUGUCUUCUGAAUGGAGUUGUGUUUCUCUUCAAAAAUUGCUAAUUACAGUUAACUGUAUGUUUUGGGUGAAAUCUAACGGCACAUACACUGUCAGAGGACGUUUCUGAAAAAUGAAAAACCCAAGGAUAAAAAAUUACAAAGCUGCUUGCCAUGUAAGCGUAACCUGGAAUUUAUUUUGUAAGUCUUACAUUAUUUGUAUCUGUGGGACUGGUUUGUAAAUUACAAGGAAGGACAAACAUCUACACAUGCACACACAAACACACAUACUGUACGACGGAGCAUCAUCAUCAAGAGACUACAAGCCAGAAUUGUCAAACAAACCGCUAAUAUAAUUCAAUCGGUGAUCCACCUCCCCUUGUCAGCUCUCAAUUCGUAGUAAAAGAAAAUUUAACAACAUAGUUAAUUUAUUUUUCUAUGCAGGAUUAUUUAAAGAGUUAUCGGUAUUAUUUAAAAAAGAAUAAUACACAAAGAGUGGAAAGGACUUGUUAGAAUGAUGCAUCAGAGUUAAUUCAGGCCACCAGAAGUGACUGUUGAGUCAAUUCAAGGGUUUUUGUUUCUCUCAGUUUACUGAAGAACACGACCCGCUGGACGAGGGUUGUGAAAUGUGAUCUGUGAUGUUUCCUUUUUAUUGUGUCGCACGACAAGCUGAGGCCUGAUAGAGUCUGUGAAGUUUCAAGCAGUUUUCUUAUUCUUAUAUCUCCCACAGUAUCUUGUAAAAGGUUUCUUAUUAACAUUAUGCAACCAAAAUAAAUGUGCAUUAAACUUGAUAUGGUUCCAGAAUUGUUGGGAGGGGAACGGAGACGUUUGUGGGGCGAGGACGGCUGCAAAUUGAAGCUCUAAAUUGUUAGAUCUGGGCAGAAUCAUAUCAUAAAACACCAUGUGCAAUAUUAGUAAAAAUGCUCAGUCAUGAUGGCUUCAAAUAAUUUUGUUUAAUUUAUUUAGUUUGAGGUUAUAUUGUCAAGACAGGUUCUAUUUCGAAAUUCUUUUAUCAACCUAACUCUAUCCGGUCCUUAUUUAAAGAGUAUUGUUACGUUAAAAUUAUGAGUGUUUAUUGACAUUACAAAUGAAUAGAAUGUAUCUUGGAAAGUAUAAUAAAUACAAUUUUCUAUCGGUCAUAAAUCUCCUGUAUAUUGGUUAAUUUUCUCUUGUAUAAUCAUGUUGAAAUCAAGGUAUUAAAAUCAGCACCUAUUUGCA